AGGGUUUCGUCUUCCUUGUGCUUCGUGGACUUUUUCGAAUGGGAGAAAGAACCUUUUUGCUUCAUAACAGUGUUCUAUAUUUUUGGAGUUGUCAUAAGUAAAGCAGUAUGACGCUUGAAGAUUUCUUUACCCUAACAGAAAUAAAAGAUGGACUCACGGUCACUUCUCGUGUUGAAGAGCUCGUGUCUGUUAUGCAGAGUAAUAAAGAUUCAGUUUUGAAGAAUAAUGGCGAUGCUUCUAGACAAUGGACUGCUGUUGCAAGCACAAUUGCGGCCACUAAGAACAGAGAUUGUCUUGAUGUUUUUGUAAAUUUAGAUGGACUUGUUUACUUAAGUAGCUGGCUAGCUGAAGCUCAGAUGUUGGCUAACAAUUCAGUUGACAGAUCUGUAGAGGAGUCAAUUCUUGCUUUGUUAGAAGCUGUUGAAAAUCUAGGUGUAGACAGUUCGAAGUUAGUUUCUUCUGGGAUAUUGGUUGCUGUCAAGAAACUUGUUGACCAUGGUAGUUCUCGGGUUCAGGAUCAGGCGAGAAAGCUCUUUGGUAGCUGGAAGGAUAAGGAUGUGUAUGACCACUCUGAACAUGACAGUGAAAGCUGUAACAAAAUUCAUGAAGAUGAGAUGAGAGUAGUAGCAGCAAGCAUGGAGAGCAGUGGGCAAAAAUCUGCUGUUACACUUUGUUCGACACAAAGUAAUAAUGAAAAACAGUGUCCUGAAAUAGCAGAUGAAGCCUUGCUGUCAGGAUGCUCAGAAGGAAACAUCCCAGAUCAAGAUAAGGGUUUGGAACUGCAGAAUGACAAGGCUGGGUUUGACUCGAACGUGAAUUCCCAUUGCUCUAAUGCAAUGACUGAAACUGAAACUUUCAAUGGUUCUUCUACAGAUGAUAUCAUGAAAGAGGUUCAAGAAAAACUUUCUGUGAAGGAAAAAAGCUCUAUGAGGGAGACAAGUGGUCCAACUAUUUUUGGUACUAUGCCUACUGGUUCUAGUAGCCUACUUUAUUUAGAGCGCGAUAGUGCCGAAGGCCCAUCAAAUGCUCCGCUGGGUGCUGAGAUACCCAAGGAAAAGCAGAUGGCAAACUAUUUUCUUGAAAAAUUGGGUGAAGCAGGGACAUCUAGUGCAGCAGGACAUGUAGCUGUGUCUUCUGAUUCUAUGAUCGCCAGCAUGGAGUUGGGGAAAAAUAGUCUUUUGCAGAGUAGUCUUGAUUCAAAUGAGGUGAGCAAGAAUGCGUCUGAGACGAUAUGUGGGUCGCACGAUGCGAGCGUAGCCCAUAAUAGCAAACAGGUGUCUUCAUUGACUCAUAUAACGGACAAUCAAGAUUCUGACAAUUCAUCAAGACUAUCAGGUGGCCUUGGUAGAAGUAGAAAAUAUGAGAGUGACAAUUUAACUGCUCUUGCUGACAAAGAAGGAAAAGAUGAUAGGGGUCAUUCUGACAAAAAGAGGAGAGUAAAACGGAGAAAAAAACGCAGCUCUUCUAGAUCGAUGACCAUAUCCCAGCGCCUUGGAGCAAUUGACAAAACAACUACUGAUAUUGAUCUUGGUAUUUUGGAUGCCUUGGAGGUCGCUACCAAAGUCGCACAGGAAGUCGCAAGAGAAGUAGACUCUGGAGAACCUUCUCAUAGUUCUUCAGAAGAACUAUCCGAUGAAAGCGGGCAGUCUGGUUCGCAAGACUCCCGCGAUGAUGAUGUACAUACAGGUUCUCCAUCUAAGGGAUUAUCAGUGGGUGAAAACCAUUCCUUUGAGGAACCUCAUGCUGGAGAUGAUGAUGUCAUGGAUGAGAAGGAUGACAAACCUGAAAGCGCGAUGAAGAACAGUGAUGAUGUUGAAGAAAGCCACCUAGCAGCAGCUGCUAAAUCUGAAGUAGGCAGAGAGAAAAGCCCAUGUGGAUUUGAUCUUAAUCAAGAUAUAUGUCCUGAUGAAGCAGAUGUCAUUAUGUCCUCCAUAUCUACAGCCCCUACUCCUAUGUCUGUUUCAUUUUCUGUCUCAUCUUCUGGAAUGCCUGCAGGAGCACCGUUGCAAUUGGAAAGAUCUCUUAGCGGGAAAGGAUCAGCUGCUACUAGUGUAUUCCACCCAGCAUUACCUCAUAAAGUUCCUAGUGGGGAUUUAAGAGAAAAGCAGGUGAUUUCCCGUGGUAUCGAUCUGAAUGUGGCUGAGCUAGGAGAUGAUCAAGUUGAAGAUCUGACUCCCUGGAAACAGUUUCCUUUCUCCUCAUCAAACUCUAGGGGUGGAGAGUCUUCAAAUGAAGCCAGUCGUCGAGGAUCAAGCAGAUUCAACUUGGAUUUGAAUUGUAUGAACGAGGAUGAUGAGAUGCCUCCACCUUCUGAGUUGAAGAUGGAGACAAGAUUGUUUUUAAGUCACAAUGGUCAGCAAAGCGCAUCACCUGUCUCCUCAUCGUCAGUUGCUCAGCAAUCAGGCAAGGAAGUUAACUUUGAUUUGAAUGACAGACCACAGUUUUUCAUCGAUUCACGUGAUCAGGGUCCCUACUAUGGGCGGCACCCAUGGAGUACGGCCUCCUAUGGAGGGCACAAAUUGGAAGAACCAGGUAUUUCUAUCUUGGGUACAAAAGUGGAUGUUGACAGAAAAGAGUCUGUAUCUCAGAUGGCUUCGUUCUUGUCCAAUGGCAAGUCCCUCGAGCCUGCAGCAGGAUUAUACAUGGGAAGAACGGGAACCUCUUUGGGUCUAGCCUCAGGUGUCUCCUUUUCUCCAGCUCCUAUUUAUGGCUACAAUGGAAUGAGUGGUCCUCCUGGUUUGUCAAUGUCAUCGCCCAUGUAUGUUCCUGGAACUGCUAUUCCAUACAUGGUGGAUUCAAGAGGUACUCCAGUGAUGAUGCCGCAAAUAAUCGGAUCGACCCCGUAUGUGCAGCCACCAUUCCCUCAACAACACAUGUUCAUGAGCUUGGCGGGUGGAUCCCCUAGUAUGAAUGGAUCAGUGCGGCCAAACUUUGAUCAGAACUCUGGGUUUGGACUUGAGAUAGGAAACAGAGAGUCGAUAAAUUUGAGGCAGUUUCUAUCGCCGUCACAAAGCGGGGCUAUGGGAGAGCAUUCGGGAGCAAAUGUAGAGCCCUCAUCGAGUUCGUCUAUUAGCAUUGGUGGAAAGCGAAAAGAGCCGGAGACACGGUGGGAGUUCCCUCCAUGGAGGUGAGUGAUGUACAAGUGGUGGGGAUGGGUUCUUGAAUAGGUUGAUGAAUUGAUUGAUUGGUCAAAGGAUGACAAGUGUUGAGGUAACUUAUAAAGUGGUCUUGCUGAA